AUGACACGAGACGAGCAACAACAAAUGCAUCAGCGGGACCUAAAGAAGCAGCAAAAGACUUACAACGCCUCAGGUAGCGAGGUCUCCACAUGCUCAAAUGGCUCUGCCGAGCGCGUGCCUGAAGUCGAGUCCUUGCUGUCACGAAGUUCCUCCUGCCUGUCAGCUGCAUCUCGGCGGCUACGGAGGAGGCGACUGCGCAAUUCACAUGCUCGAUUGCCGCUCAUCUCUGUCACGUCACUCUACAACCGCCUACAGACUUCCGGAGUUGUGCUCGUAGACUGCCGCAAAGGUCUCGAGUUCUCGUCAUGUCAUCUCCCGGAUGCUCUACAUUGCCCUCACUUGUACACGGGCUCGCAUCUAUUAGCACUUGGCUGUGUAGGACAAGUGGUCAAGACAGUGGACGACGUACUGGAGCUUACGGAGAACAAAAUGCUGCGCGAGAAAUUGGCGAAGAGAGACCUCAUUGAAGUAGUGGUCAUUGGAGCUAACCACACAAGCGCAUCGUUCUUGUACCGAAUGGACUGGGGUUACCGCUUUGCUAGAAUGCUUCUGGAUGAGGGUCGUGUUUUUUCAGUACGGUUCUUGGCACAGGGAUUUCAGGCCUUUGUCAAGAAGUACAACUUUAUGUUGGUAUCGUCUCCUACAGUGAUACCUUUCAAAAAAGCUACACUGAGCCGUGAAGAAGAAGUACCUCAUUCUACAAUGGAGACGGCAAUUUGUAGUCCUACCUCGGCGAUGCAUUUCCCGAACGAAAUUGUGGACGGGUUUCUCUAUCUGGGCAACUUUUGGCAAGCCAAUUCAGCCGAGGUCAUCAAGUCCUUGCAGAUUACGCAUGUGGCUAACAUGGGUGCAAUUACUGAUCACCGUAACAAGUUCGAGCACGUCGAAUACCUCGAUGUUGCAAUUAAGGACAACGUGGACGUGGACAUUACACAGGAGUUUGGCCCUACCAUUGAGUUCAUCCAGAAGGCAGCAGAAGGUAAUGGGCGCGUACUUAUCCACUGCGUCCAAGGCGUCUCGCGCUCGUCCACGAUAUGCAUUUAUUAUAUGAUGCUCAAGACCAAGUGCACACUGUCGGCUGCUUACAGUCACGUGCUAAAAUGCCGACCACUCAUUUUUCCUAAUAGAGGAUUCAUGGAGCAACUAAUUGCCAACGAGCGACAGCUUUACGGCGACCAAAGCGUCUUGGAAAAUGAACUUGAGCUGCUGCAAAACGGCCUUUUGCCGCCUGUGGACCGCAGCGGCUCGGCGUUGUGCGAGACCUUCCUUUCGUAG